AUGAGAUACCACGACAGAGCCAACUCCUCGGCGGCCAGCCACAAAUUCUGGAGCGAGACCGCGCCGCACCAGACGCCCGAGCAGCUGAGGCGUCACAUGGGACCGCCGCGACAAGCCUCGACGCCCAAGGACCAUGUGGAGGAGCCGCAGAAGAGCGACGAUGACUCGUCGCGCUUCGAGGUGCCGCGCACGCAGCAGAUCGAGCCCAACUACAUCAUGAACAGCGCGAACGCGCCGCUCGGCGAGACGUUCUACGUCGGCGUCAUGACGAAGGAGGGGGCCGAGGCGACGGUGAAGGGUGCCACCGCCUUCCGCCUCUACCACCGGGCCCUGGAGCGCGGCGGCUCCGUCGAGGACACGCUCAACCUCUAUGUCGUCUACAAACAGGAGGGCGGAAAGUAUAGCCACUACCGCGUGAUGUCGCUCUGGGUGCCGUCGAGCGAGGGGCAUGGCCAGAAGAUGUACUACGUCGAGUCGAAGCGACGCGCGAGCGGCCAGCCCACGCAGCUGUUCCCGUCGAUCAACACGCUUGUCAAGUACUACUCGACGAACGUCCAUCUGCGCCGGUCCAGCCGCACCAGCAACGUCAAGGUGGAGGUGUUUGACCGGUCGUCGUCGUCGAUGGAGGAUUCU